AUGGGCGUUGAUAACGAACAAGUAACCAACGAAAAUUCUAACUACCAUACUUCUGGUGACGCGUGGACACCUUCUACUUGGAGAGCAAAAAAAAUCAAACAAAAUGUUUCUUACGAAGAUCAAGAACAUUUACAGAGGGUUACUGAAAAAUUAAACAAUGUGCCUCCUUUGGUAACACCAGCAGAGAUUAACAAGCUUCGUCAUCAACUCGAACAAGUCGCGCUUAAUAAGGCUUUUCUAUUGCAAGGUGGUGACUGCGCUGAACUUUUUGACUAUUGUUCACAGGAACCUAUCGAAUCAAAACUCAAAGUAUUUCUUCAAAUGAGUUUGGUAAUUAUAUGGGGUUCUAGAAUUCCAGUAGUUCGAAUCGCCAGGAUGUGUGGACAAUAUGCAAAACCUCGAUCAAAUGAAAUGGAAAUGUAUGAAGGAAAAGAAAUUCACGCUUUCCGUGGUGAAAUUAUUAAUGGAUAUGAACCUACUGAUAGAAAACCCGAUCCAGAUCGUCUUUUAGGAGCUUAUUUCCAUUCUGCAGCAACACUUAAUUAUGUUAGAUCAAUUAUUGGGUCAGGAUUUGCAGAUUUACAUAAUCCGGACGAAUGGUCACUUCAUCACGUUCGUUCUAAAGGAACGCGUCAAGAAUACCAAACAAUAGUUGAUCGUCUUACCGACACAUUAAAUUUCAUGAAGACAAUUGGAGCGGACGUGCCAUUCUCUCCUUUAACCAAUUCGUUAAAUAGUGUCGAUUUAUUCAUGUCACAUGAAGGAUUAAUACUUGAUUAUGAACAAUGUUUGACACGUUUGUUGAAAGAUCCAGAAACCCAAAGUCUAAAGUGGUACAAUGUUGGAGCUCAUUUCUUAUGGGUGGGUGAUAGGACUAGGAGUAUUGAUGAAGCACACAUUGAGUAUUUUCGUGGAAUUCGUAAUCCUAUUGGAAUUAAAGUUGGGCCUAGCAUGCAACCAGAUGAACUUAAAAAAUUAUUGAAUAUAGUAAAUCCUGAUAAAGAGAUUGGGAAAGUUACAUUGAUUACGCGUUUCGGAUGCGAUAAUGUGGAAAAAUUCCUGCCAGGUCACAUUAAGGCUGUUAAGGAAUCAGGUCACGUUGUUGUUUGGACGUGCGAUCCGAUGCACGGAAACACCAAAACAACAAGUUCAGGCGUAAAAACUCGACAUUUUAAUUCAAUAAUUGAGGAACUUUCUAAAGUGAUACAUACUCAUAAAAAUAAUGAAAGCCAAUUGAAUGGUGUGCACUUUGAGCUUACGGGCGAAGGCGUAACUGAAUGUAUCGGAGGAUCAAUGGAGCUAUCAGACGUAGAUCUUGAACAAAAUUAUAGGACCUAUUGUGAUCCUAGACUUAAUUAUGAGCAAAGUUUGGACGUAGCAUUUUUAAUCGCAAAGUAUUGUGAAAAAGAGCGAAAUGAGUCACUUCCUGCGUUAUGA